UACAUUAAAUUUCAAUCAAUCGUUUCUUUUCUGCAAGGCGUAUUGCUUAAAAUAAACUUCUCUGUUGUAUUUUGAUCAAAAUCCUUUGAAAAUGUCCCAAAGUGUACGUAUCGAGCGCACUAUUGUUUAAUGUCAUAAACGUAUUUUCUCGUUAGUACGUAAUUCUUUUGGACUGCUUUAAGGUUAAGGUUGGAGAGGCACCAUGGACGACUCCAACAAAUACCAGCAGAUGCAAGAUGAAAUGUCUAGGUUCGAAGCGGAGAUCUCUGGCGAGCAUGGUCCCCUCCGGGGGGUGAUCAGCGCGGGCACAUACGGUGCAGUACAACAGCGACUGGAACGGGCCAUCCCCCCACCGCCGCCGCCGCCCGCAAUGUUGUCGUUCGAUCACAACAUGCCUAACAUGCCGGGCAACAUGCCUAACAUGCCCAACAUGCCAGGCAACAUGAACAUGAUGCCGCGCAUGAUGUUCCCUGCUGUGCCGCCGCCGCCACCGCCGCCGUCUAUGCCUAACAUGAUGAUACCAGCCUCUGUACAACGUUUAAGGCCUGGUGGCAUGCCCGAGUUCCCGAUGCACUUCCUCCGGCCGGGCAUGCCGGGGCCGCAGCUGGCGCCGCCGCCGCCGCCCAAGCCGCAGCCGGUCGUGCUCUCGGCGGCGCCCAAGCUUUACAAACAGACCAAGGACGAAGACAAGGAUAAGGAGAAACAUGAGAGCAAGAAGAGGAAACGUUCGCCGACGCCGGCGCGGCCGCCGACGCCGCCCCGCGCGCCCACGCCGCCGCCCGCGCCCGUCGUGCCCGUUGCGGUCGCCGUGCCCAUGCCCGCGCCAGACACCGCUGUGCCCAAGCCCAAGAAAGAGAAGAAACAUCGGAAGGUGGUCCGCACGGCGGGCGGGCAAGUCUGGGAGGACGUGACGUUGUUGGACUGGCCCGACGACGACUUCCGCAUGUUCUGCGGCGACCUCGGCAACGACGUCACCGACGAGCUGCUGACACGGACGUUUAGCAAAUACAGCUCGUUCCAAAGGGCGAAGGUGAUCCGAGACAAGCGCACCAACAAGAGCAAAGGCUUUGGGUUCGUCAGCUUCAAGGAUCCCGGAGACUUCAUCAAGGCCAUGAAGGAAAUGGAUGGUCGCUACGUGGGCAGCCGGCCCAUCAAGCUGCGCAAGAGCACGUGGAAGAACCGCGCGCUCGACGUGGUGCGCAAGAAGGAGAAGGAGAAGGCCGCGCUGCUCUCUCUCCUCAUGGCCGGCAACAAGAGCUGACAGUGAGGAGGACCCAAUUUCUGUAGGUUUUCAUUUAUUAAUAUUAAUUAUUACGAGCAUUAGUAAACAAUUCUGUGAGCCCGUCGAUAAUUUCAUGUAGAUAAAUGUCUGCGGAUCCUUUUGUUUGACAUAAUUAUUGAAAGUCAUAAUGUAAUGAUUGUUAGAUUAUCAUCUAUCUAUCUAUAUAUAUAAAUGCAAGUGUCCUGACUGACUGACUGACUGACUGACUGAUUCAUCAACGCAGAGCCGAAACUACAAAAGCCAGAAAGUUGAAAUUUGCACACCAGAUUGCAUUUAUAAAGUGUAGAAGAGAUAAGAAGCGAUUUUGAGAAAUUCAACCCCUAAGGGGGUUAAAAAGGGGAUGAAAGUUUGUAUGGGGUUAAAGUUUUCUUUUAAGCUAGGAAUUUGAAACUUCUUAAAAAGAUAUAUUAUCAAAAUACAAGAAAACUAAUUUCAGCGUUUUAGAAAAUUCAUCCCUUAAGGUGGUGAAAAAGGGGUUGAAAGUUUGUAUGGAAAUCAAAAAAAAUUUCGAGUGGUUGAGUUGAAUCUUUGUAUUUAGGGAUAUUAUUAGAAGACGAGAAAAGUAAUUUCAGGGUUUUGUAAAAUUCAUCCCUAACAGGGUUAAAAAGGGGUUGAAAAUUUUAAUCCAUUAUAAAUGCUUUGAAACUUCUUAGAAAGGCAUAAUAGCCCAUUACAAAAAAAAAGUGGUUGCAACGUUUUUGGAAAUUCAAUCCCUAAGGGGGUUAAAAAGGGGAUGAAAGUUCGUCUUCGGGUGAAAAUUUUAUUUUAAGCUAGGAACUUGAAACUUGGUAAUAAAGUAUCAAAUUCAAAUACAAGAAAACUAAUUUCAGCGUUUUAGAAAAUGCAUCCCCCAAGGUGGUGAAAAAGGGGUUGAAAGUUUGUAUGGACAUCAAAAAAUUUUUCGAGCGCGGGACUUGAAUCUUUGUAUUUGGGGAUAUUAUUAGAAGACAAUAAAAGUAAUUUCAGCGUUUUGUAAUAUUCAUCCCCUAACCGGGUUAAAAAGGGGAUAAAAGUUUGUAUGAGGUUAAAGUUUUCUUUUGAGCUAGGAAUUUGAAACUUCGUUAAAAUAUAUAUUAUUAAAAUACAAGAAAAAUAAUUUCAGCGUUUUUGAAAAUUCAUCCCCAAAAGUGGUGAAAAAUGGGUUGAAAGUUUGUAUGGAUAUCAAACAUUUUUUCGAGUGUGGGACAUGAAUCUUUGUAUUUAGGGAUAUUAUUAAAAGACAGGAAAAGUAAUUUCAGCGUUUUAUAAAAUUCAUCCCCUAACAGGGUUAAAAAGGAGUUGAAAGUUUGAAUCCAAAACAAAUGGUUUUGAAACUUCUUAGAAAGGCAGAAUAGCCGAUUACAAAAAAAGUAUAUCCAACGUUUUUGGAAUUUCAACCCCUAAGGGGGUUAAAAAGGGGAUGAAAGUUCGUCUGCUGGUGCAAAUUUUAUUUCAAGAAUGGAACUUGAAACUUUGUAAAAACAUUUCAAAUUAAAAUACAAGAAAACUAAUUCCAGCGUUUUUGAAAAUACAUCCCCUAAGGUGGUGAAAAAGGGGUUGAAAGUUUGUAUGGAUAUCAAACAUUUUUUCGAGCGCGGGACAUGAAUCUUUGUAUUUGGGGAUACUAUUAAAAGACAAUAAAAGUAAUUUCAGCGUUUUGUAAAAUUCAUCCCCUAACAGGGUUAAAAUGGGUUUCAAAGUUUGAAUCCAUUACUAAUGCUUUGAAAAUUCUUAGAAAGGCAUAAUAGCCGAUUACAAAAAAAAGUAAUUGCAACCUUCUUGGAAAUUCAACCCCAAAGGGGGUUAAAAAGGGGAUGAAAGUUCGUCUUCAGGUGCAAAUUUUAUUUGAAGCUAGGAACUUGAAACUUUGUAAAAAGGUAUUAUAUUAAAAUUCAAGAAAAGUAAUUUCAGCGUUUUUGAAAAUUCAUCCCUAUGGUGGUGAAAACGGGGUUGACAGUUUGUAUGGAUAUCAUGCAUUUUUUCGAGCGCGGGAUUUGAAUCUUUGUAUUUGGGGAAAUUAUUAGAAGACAAUAAAAGUGAAUUCAGCGAUUUGUAAAAUUCAUCCCCUAACAGGGUUAAAAUGGGGUUCAAAGUUUGAAUCCAUUACAAAUGCUUUGAAACUUCUUAGAAAGACAUAAUAGCCGAUUACAAAAAAAAGUAACUGCAACGUUUUUGGAAAUUCAAUCCCUAAGGGGGCUAAAAAGGGGAUGAAAAUUCGUCUUGGGGUGUAAAUUUAAUUUUAAGCUAGGAGCUUUAACUUUUUGGAAAAAAAGGUAAUAAAUUAAAAAACAUGAAAACUAAUUCAAGCAUUUUUGAAAAUCAUCCCCCAAGGUGGUGAGAAAGGGGUCGAAAGUUUGUAUGGAGAUCAGAUAUUUUGUGAGUGCGGAAUGCGGAACUUGAAUCUUUGUAUAAGGGCAUAGGUACCUAUUAUGAGAAUACAAGAAAAGUAAUUUCAGCAACCAACAUCAAAAUCCACUUGACUUAAAACUUCAUACAACUAGCUAAAAAAGAAAAGUACUUAAUUUCAACAUUGCUUGGAUAUGAAAAGUAUAGGUACUAAAGAUGUAAAAUGUUGAAGAUAAGAUUCCACGCGGACGAAGUCGCGGGCAACAGCUAGUUAAGUCAUAAUUCUAAAACCCCGGUAACUUUUCAGGAUUUAGUUAAUAUUAUUAGGUUAACCUAAUAGAUAGGUUAGGUUUGUUUUAUGGCAAUCCAAUCCUGAAAAGUUACGCGUUUUUGAGAAAAACCAAAUUAUGACUAACAAAAAUGCGACAAACAAUACAAUAUGGAAAACACUAGAGACCCGUAUUACCGACAGUCGCAAUUUACAUUUAUCUUUUGUUGUUUGCAAAUAUUUGCUAAGAUUAGCCCUACAGUCUUUCAUAUACAAUUUUACAUAUAUUGUGAUACCUUUUGAAAAGUAUCUUAGUUCAUAAGUUGUGUUUUGGAUGUUGUGCAACUGGUUUCUUUAAUUUAUACUCGUAAUCUACUAUUCCCAUAUACUUACAAUAUUAAACAGCUUUAGCAAUAUAUAUUGCAUAAUAGAUACUGUAUAUAUUAAGUUUUCAAAAUUGUAUGUAUAAAGUGAACCCUAUGAAUUUGACGACCUUUCCUAGAUCUAAUAAAUAAGUAUUUUUAAGGAAAGGGAUUUUCAUUUCUCUUCCAUGAAUUAAACUACAACAUCAAAUUUUAA